AUGACUAACAUCUUUGCCGCCUUAGACUAUACUGAGGAGAGACGAGUGAAUUUCGCUGCCUUUCAAUUUAAGGGCGCAGCACGUGCUUGGUGGAACGUGAUUAGGGGGAAAUGGGAAAGAGCACAGACUUCUUGGACCUGGGAAAAUUUUGUGAGAGAAUUUAAUGAGAAGUUUCUCCCGCCCAUGAUUCGAGAAAAAAGAGAGGAUGAGUUCAUAAAGUUGAGACAGGGGACUUCUAAUGUGGCUGACUAUGAAGAGCGAUUCACUAAGCUUUCUAGGUUUGCUCCGGAGUUAGUGGCCACUGAAAGAAAAAGGAUAAGGCGAUUAGUACAAGGACUAAAUGUAGAGAUUCAAGAGGGGUUAGCGGCAGCCCAAAUUUCUACUUUCUCUGAGGCUUUAGAAAAAGUACAGUGGGUUGAGAGUGCAAAGCUGCAAAUUAGGGAUUUUGGUGUAAAGAAGAGAGGAGUUCCUAGUAACCCUCCUGGACAAAUGGAUAAGAGUGCUCCAUCUCCCAAAAUGAAAACAAGAUCUGAGGCCUCUUCUCUAUGGAUCCAAUCUCAAAUCCAUUGCUCUCAGAUCUACUUCUCUAGAAUCUCAGACGAGGGUUCGAAUGUGUAG